CUGAAUAUUCAUGAGGCUGAGAGGGAGCAGGCGGUAGAGGGGAGCGGUGAAUGCAGGGGACGGUGUGAUCCUGGCAGGACCCUGGGAGGCAGGCUCUGUGUGUGAGGUCAGGACAGGGGGCUCGCUACAGCCUGUGUAGGCGCUAUUCAGCUUUAUAUACACUGAGCCUCCAGAGCUGAGCGGUGCACGGGCUGCUGUUUGGUGGCAUGCCAGCGGGCCUACAUCUCCGGGCUUUGGGCUGACGUACGGGACAUUGCUUCCAUCCGCGGUCACUAGAGAACGGGCAGAAGACUCCCCCGGGACCCUGCUCCCUCCUUCUGUCUGCAGGGGAGAAGAAUGAGAGAGAAUGAGCCAGAGAGACACCCUGGUGCAUCUGUUUGCUGGAGGAUGUGGGGGCACUGUCGGUGCCAUAUUGACCUGCCCUUUGGAAGUUGUGAAGACGAGACUGCAGUCCUCAUCAGUGACUCUCUACAUCUCUGAAGUUCAGCUCAACACAGUGAAUGGCGCUAGCGUUAACAGAGUGGCAAGAGUGUCCCCGGGACCACUGCAUUGUCUCAAGUUGAUCUUGCAGAAGGAGGGUCCUCGUUCCCUGUUCAGAGGUCUGGGCCCCAACUUAGUGGGGGUGGCUCCGUCCAGGGCCAUCUAUUUCGCAGCUUACUCAAGCUGCAAGGAAAGGCUGAACCAUGUGUUUGCUGCAGAUUCCACCCAAGUGCAUAUGGUCUCUGCGGGGGCAGCAGGCUUUACUGCAAUAACGGCCACCAAUCCCGUCUGGCUAAUAAAAACACGGCUGCAGCUGGAUGCAAGAGACCGAGGUGAAAGACGGAUGAGCGCUUUGGAGUGCAUCCGCAAAGUGUACAAGACAGAUGGCUUGAAGGGUUUUUACAGAGGCAUGUCUGCCUCCUAUGCCGGCAUCUCUGAAACUGUUAUCCACUUUGUUAUUUACGAAAGUAUUAAACGCAAAUUGCUGGAACAUAAGAUUGCAUCAACUAUUGAUGAUGAUGACGAGUCUGCGAAAGAAGCUUCUGACUUUGCAGGACUCAUGAUGGCAGCAGCAACCUCCAAGACAUGUGCCACCUCAAUAGCCUACCCUCAUGAGGUCGUACGGACGAGGCUACGGGAAGAGGGGACAAAAUACAGAUCUUUCUUCCAGACACUCUCAUUAGUUGUGAAGGAAGAAGGUUAUGGUUCCUUGUACCGUGGUCUCACCACGCACCUGGUUAGACAGAUUCCUAACACAGCGAUAAUGAUGUGCACCUAUGAAGUCGUCGUCUAUCUACUCAAUGGAUAGCAACCCGGUGUGCUGUCUUGUCUGUGAAGAAGAUGGGAGACCAAAGGAGCAUACGUGGACCACAGAGCACCUUCUGAAAAAUGGUGACAACAAGCAAAUACUCCAUCACGGAGUCUAUUAUAGCUGCUGCUGGAAGUGCUCAUGCCGCCUUCAUUAUGUGUGGUCUUUGGCCGCUUGUGCAAUUUUAUAGACAGAGGGUGAUGUUGGGGAAACCUCAUUCAUUUCAGAAUUGCCAUUUCCCCUUUAACCAGUGCAAUGUAUUGAGCUGUUGAAAGUAUGACAUUGAUGAUGAGAUUGGAGUUGUACACAUUUAUCCUUGUGGUUUACAGUGUACAGAGCUAGAACGAUCUUCUGAUCCCUGUGCAUACUGUAAUCCCAGCAAAAUACUCUGCAUAUGCCAUUCACAACUCGUGUCUACCUACCUGCUGUAUAUCAGGUUUCUCCAUCAAAAGAGAUGUAUGAACAGCUUGAAAUAAUUAUUAUAGAGAUUUCUUAUUUAUGUAUUCUGCAACCCGUAAUUAUGUUUUGGGGUAUGUUUUCUUGAGUUGCUGGUGUUUGUGCAUCAGCUCCCCGUGUGCACUUCAUCCCAUCCCAAAGCAAGGCCUUUUUAGUUCACAUCUUCCGUCAUUCAUCAGACGCCCUCUUCAACUAACUGUUGCAUUCACGGUCUUUACCCCUGCAAAGGUCACACUCCACUUGGCAUAUAAUAAAAUAAGACAAUAUAUAUACUAUGUACUGUGAAAGUAUGCAAAAGGAGGUCUUGUGAUGCUGCCUUUUCUCUGCUUAGCCUCCUGGCCUACAGUGUCGAAAAUGAUAUUUCAUGUCUUGCUAAUUUCUUCCACACAAUAAGGUAUUUGGGAUUUUUAAUAGCAAUUAAAGGGGUUGUCUCCCUUCCGACAUUGGUAACAUACCGCUAGGAUAUGCCAUCAAUAUCAGGCAAGUGUUGGUCCCACCUGCAACUAGCUCUAGAAUGGAGGCCCCAAAGUGAACAAGAGCGCACGGCGCUUGUGCCGUCUCCAUCUUUUUUCAUUUCUGUGGAAACUCUGUAAAUGGCUCAGCUAUUUCUGGCAAUCCCAUAAAAGUGAAUGGAGCGGUGGCCAUGCUUUUGCGGUGCAGUCUCCAUUAAUUUCUAUAGGAUAACCAAAAAAAGCUGAGCGCGCACGCUCGGCUAUUUUCGGAACUCCAAUGGAAGUGAAUGGAGAGCACACUGCUUGCAUGGUGUGCUCUCGUUCACUUUAGAAGCCCCGUUCUAGAGAAAGGUGUAGGUCCCCCACCUGUUUGACAUUGGUGGCAUACCCCUUUAAGGUUUUUGGUGCUCAAGAUUGUCUUGAUGCAUUAUUAUCACUGCAUUGCACCCCGCCAUCCGCCUUUUGAAUUCAGAGGGUCUUAAAUUACUUCAUACCUUGUUUAGGAGCCUUUGUGUUUAUUCUAUCACAUAUAUAGCCACUCGUUAGAAAUAGUUCAUAUUGAGAGUCCGUAUAGCUGAUAUUUAAGUCACCCCAUACAUUUCUUGAUACGAAAUUGUCCAGAUAAGCUGUGAAGUUUAAUUUACUAUCAAAGAAGAAAAAGUUGUCUGUUUAAUACGGUGUGUAUUUGAUUUACAGUUCCCAGUUAUCUGGUUCACCUCUGUCUGUCCAUGAGUCUAUAGGCCUUCUGUUCCCCGUCCAGAUCCCAACCUGCAAAUCAGUCACUGCAUUACAACACCUGCUAUAAAACCACCCAUUACCGCAGCAUGAUCUAACGCUUGGGUGUGAAAGAAUAUUUAUUCCAAGGGUCAAAAGUUAUUUCUAAAUGCUGGGUAUAUACAUGGGCUAAAGUUUUCUCUGUACAGAUAAAAAAAUUAAUUAGAAUUAGUUUUAAGCAUUUUCACUAGGACAGUGUCUAGAAAGGUGCUGCGAUAGGGUUCAGCAGUAUCUACCUUCUUUUAGGCCUUGUACCCUCUGGCAUGUAGCAGCGUGUGCAAGGAGGGUACCAUGGUUUUUGGAAUACAUCCAUUAAAGUGACAACUUUGUGGAGCCAUUAUCAAAUCAUCGACCAACCUUAAAUGCUGGUUAAAGAGGUUGUACAGGAUUAGAGAAACAUGGCUGCCUGUUUUUUUCAAAAACUGCUCCACAUCGGUCAGCAGGUUGUGUGUCGUUGCAGCCCCGCUUACAUCAGUGGAGCCUAGCUGCAAUUCCAGAACAAGUAUUUAUUUUUGGUAGAUGGCAGCUAUGUUU